AUGGCACAGCGAGGACGAAGACUGGAGAGGAAGAAUGUUGGUGACAAACUCUGCUGUUCGAUCUGUUUGGAUCUGCUGAAGGAUCCGGUGACUCUUCCCUGUGGACACAACUACUGUAUGAACUGUAUUAAAAGGCACUGGGAUGAAGAGGAUCAGAAACACAUCCACAGCUGUCCUCAGUGCAGACAGACCUUCAUACCGAGGCCUGCUCUGGUUAAAAACACCAUGUUAGCAGAGUUGGUGGAGGAGAUGAAGAAGACUGGACUCCAACCUGAUGUAGCCUGUGACGUCUGCACUGGGAGGAAGCUGAAAGCCAUCAAGUCCUGUCUGCAGUGUCUGGUCUCUUACUGUGAGCAGCACCUCCGGCCUCACUACAACGUAGCUGCAUUAAAGAAACACAUACUGGUCAGCCCCUCUGAGAAUCUUCAGGAGAACAUCUGCACUAAUCACAAUGAGGUGAUGAAGAUUUUCUGCCGCACUGAUCAGCAGUGUAUCUGUUAUCUGUGCUCCAUAGAUGAACAUAGAGACCACUACAUCGUCUCAGCUGCCACUGAAAAGAAUGAGAGGCAGAAAGAGCUGAAACUGUGUCAUGAAAAAAUUCAUCAGAAAAUCAAGGACAGGGAGGAAUAUGUGAUGGUGUUCCAACAGCGGAUGGAGGCCAUCAAUUACUCUGCUAAUGAAGCAGUGAGGGACAGUGAGAAGAUCUUCAAUGAGCUGAUGCUCCUCAUUGAGAAGAGAAGCUCUGAUAUCAAGCAGCAGAUCAGAUCCCAGCAGGAAACUGAACUAAACAGAACCAGAGAGCUUUUACAACAAGUCCAACAAGAGCUCAGUGAACUGAAAAGAAAAGAUGUUCAACUGGAAGAGCUCUCUCACACAGAGGAUCUUAUCAGGUUUCUGCACACAUUCCCAUCGCUCUCAUAUAUUUGUGAAUCCACCUUAUAUAAGGCACCUCGCAUCACACUUUCUCCUAUGGCGUACUUUAAGGAUGUGGUGGGAGCUGUAUCAGAGAUGAAGGAUGAACUACAGCGCAUGCUUUCUGACAGAUGGCAAAAACGUUCACAGACAGUAACUAACGUAAGAGUGUGUUUGCCACAAGCAAAGCCCAAGACCACAUUCUCGAACACAAUUGAUGAUUACUAUUUAAAUGAUGAUGAGCUAUUUGGAUCCCAGUACACAGGGUACAGAACACCACCAUCAGCUGACUUGAAAAGGUCUUCCUCUAGACGAGCUGGAGGUGAGGAAGAGGAAAACCUGAGCAUCUCUGCUGAGACUGCAGACCCAGAACAUGCCAUCUGCCCCCACACCUUCACCAGGCCACCCCCCGCCCCACAAAACCUCCAGGAGAUCGUCUGCCCUCGCCACAAUGAGGUGAUGAAGAUUUUCUGCCGCACUGAUCAGAAGUGUAUCUGUUAUCUGUGCCCCAUAGAUGAACAUAAAGGCCAUGAAACAGUCCCAGCUUCAGAAGAAAGGACUGAAAGGCAGAGAGAGCUCAACCCAUGUCGUGGAAAAAUUCAGGAGAGAAUUCAGGAGAGAGAAAAGGAUGUGAAUGGGAUUCAGCAGGAGGUGGAAGCCAUUAAUCACUCUGCUGAUAAAGCUGUGAGGCACACUGAGAAGCUCUUUAAUGAGCUGAUCCUCCUCAUCCAGAAGAGAUGCUCUGAUAUCAAGCAGCAGAUCAGAACCCAGCAGGAAACUGAAGUGAAUCGAGCCAAAGAGCUUGUGGAAGAUCUGGAGGAGGAAAUCACUCAACUGAACAGAAAAGAUGUGGAACUGGAGAAGCUCUCUCACACAGAGGAUCACACCCAGUUUCUGAACAUGUUUCCAUCGCUCACAGAUCUCAGUGAAUCUUCCGAAUCACGAUGCCCCACACCCCGUCCUCUGCGUUACUUUAAUGAAGUGGAAGCUGCUGUAUCAGAGAUGAAUGAUAUACUGCAGAGCAUUCUCCAGAAGGGAUGGAAAAAAAUUUAA